GGAGACGCGAGGAGGAGGAGGGUGGUGGUAGUGGUGGUAGUAGUGGUGGUAGUGGGGGGUUCCACUUCCCACAGGCAGCCCCAGCAGCAGCAUCAGCAUCAUCAGCAGCGUCUCCUCGCCCGGCUCCCCUGCGUGGCGCACGCGAGGUUGUGGGCUUCAGAGCGUGAUUCUCGUCGUCGUCGUUGCUGCUGCUGCUGGGCGACAAGAGGCCGCUUGAUCCACCGUAGAAAACGCUGCGUUGCACUGCGGCGGUAAUAGAGCGAAAGGGUUUUUUGUUUGUUUGUUAGUCCGAGACAGAAGACGACGACAGCGGGUCGAGGCGGACACGAGGUUAUCGCACGGCGGCGGUGCAGCGACGACGGACGGUCUGGUUGUGGGCACGGCUCGGGGCACCAUGGCGGUGGUGAUGAAGCCCAGCACGUUGGGCGAGCUGCAGCUGUUCCGCGUGCUGCAGCGUGCCAACCUGCUGUCGUACUACGAGCCCUUCGUGGCGCAGGGGGGCGACGACGUGGCGCAGCUGUGCGAGGCGAGCGAGGAGGAGUUCCUGGAGAUCAUGGCACUCGUGGGCAUGGCCAGCAAGCCCCUGCACGUGCGCCGCCUGCAGAAGGCGCUGCAGGAAUGGGUGAGCAACCCCGGGGGGUUCAGCCAACCGCUCACCAAGCUCCCGGCGGCGAGCAUCCCGCUCACGCGCGUUCCGGAGCUGUCGGCUUCUGCUGUGGCGCGCCCCAACCCGGCGAGCAACGCCCUCGAGGCGCAGGUGCGCUUGGCCCAGAGUCUCGUGUGCUGCGCCUCCAAGAUCGGCCGCCCUGGCGGCAUGGACGCCGUGCCCGCGACCGCCGGCUCCCACGUCGCGCCGCACGGCCCCUCCCUGGCUCACGCGUCGGCACAGGCGCGCAUCCACCCGGCGCCCACGCACGGCCAGCAGCACCAGGUGGCCAGGGCCGUGCCGCUGCCAAGCGCCCCGGCCGUGGAGAGGCCCUCCCCGCCCCUGGCGACCGCACGCGAGCGGGACGCGCUGCCCCCAGCGUCACUGGUCGUGCACUCGCAGCAGAGGCUCUCCCCGGCCGACUCGGGUUGCCGCUCGGCUGACGAAGGCCCCGGCUCGCCGCCAUCGUCGCCGCCACGGGACCUGGAGCCCGGCGCGUGCCUUGACGACGCCUCCAUUCAGAGCAUCGGGGAGUCGGCGCAGAGGCUGCUGAGCUCCGUGUCGACGCCCGCACCGCCGCAGCCGAGCCCCGAGGAGCUCAGGGAGCUACUGCGCGGCAACCGCAAGCAGGGUCGCUCGCUGGCGCACAUCCUCGACCUGCACGAGAGCGACCGCCGCCGCAUGGACGAGAUCCGGAGGUACAGCGCCAUCUACGGCCGCUACGACUCCAAGCGGAAGGAUGGCCGGCAGCUCACCUUGCACGAGAUGACGGUGAACGAGGCGGCGGCCCAGCUGUGCGCGCGUGACCUGACCCUGCUGAUUCGGCGCGACGAGCUCUUCCCGCUCGCACGCCAGGUGGUGCGCGAGUCUGGCUACCACUACAGCCGCAAGUACUCAAAAUCCAAGUACAUGGAGAGUGCGUUUUCGCUUGUGGCAAAGAGACCCCGACUGGAGGGGGGAGGACUCUUCAGCCGUGACGACACCCCUAACCCCCGCACGGUGCAGGCUGAGCUCGCCAAGCUCAAGAGACAGGAUCGCCUGUUUGAGAUUGAGGACCGACUGCGCACGUUACGACAGGGCCAGGACACCCUGCAGGAUCAGCUGGUGGAGGCCAAGAGUACGGGGGCCACUGCGUCCAUGACUCAGCUGCAGGUGCGGCUGGAACUGAUACAGGCCGAGCAGCACGCGCUGAGCCAGGAGCAGGCCGAGCUGCUGCGGCGGCAGAGGCGCUCCGACCGCUAUUUCUACAGCAAGCAGCAGCGCGGGGAGCAGGGCACCCCGGAGGAUGGUGCCGACGACUCCGACUCGAGUGGCGACGAUGCCGCGGAUGCAUGGGAGGAUGGCGCCUCGGACUCGAGUAUGGCCGGCGCGCCUGGGUCCGGGGAGCUGCCUGGGAACUACCGCCCGAGUCCGCUGGUGCGGCAGCAGUUGGUGCAGCGCAUGCUGAUGGACGAGGGGCUGCGCUUGGCCCGGCAGCACGCCAUACUCGCACCCGCGGAAGUGCCGCACGUCAAGGCCGAGCCGGCCUGGUCUGAUGCAGAGGAUGGAGCAAACGAAGACAAAACAAGUACAACUGAAUCCGUGAACCAGGAGGAGAGGGUGGAUGACUGUAGCCCCUCCAAUGACCGGGGAAAUGGGCAGGUUGAACCUAAACUGGAGUCCUAAAGGGAUUUAUUUUGUGUAUAACAAAUCUGCAGCUGUUGCGUUGAAAUUAGAUAAUAUCUUGCGGUCUUUUUUAUUUUAUUUAUGAAACUAUAAAACUAUUUUUUAAGCCCGACGUUGUUAGACAGAUGUGCUUGCUACAACGUGGGGGGGGGGGGGGGCGUGUAUGGACCUCACUCUUCAGCACGACACAUCUCCCUAUUUACUUGUGCAGCUCUCCUGCAGUGCGUUCAUAGCAAAUAGGUUGCGAUUGUUGUUGUGUAUCACUUUCUUUUGGCAGUUAUUAAACAUUAAAUGUGGUUUCUUAAUGAAAUCAAUAAAAAAAAGCCUACGAUAACCCAUGCAACCAGGUAAUUGCACCAGCGAAUGUUUCCAUCGCAUAACAGGCAUGCAAUCCUGUAUCAUCGCUGCUUUUAGUCCUGUACACUGUGUGGUAAGGCACUGGGGCCGGAGGUGGCAUGAGGAACUGUGUAUGGGGUGAAACGCAUUAGGUCUCUGCAUAAUACCACAUUGUAUUUUACAAUAUAUACGAGGAUAGACACCCCCAAUUUUAGCAUUUUCAGGCUUUUGGGGCACAUUCUGUUUGCGAGCUCCUAUGAAGGUUAGCAUGGUGCAUAAACCAUCCCUGGCCGCCUUGGUCUCCCCAGUGCUGAUGUUCAUACACUGCACCAGAUAUUCAUGUUUAGGAGCUGAGUCGACUUAAGGGAGGCCCUGCUCCAGUUCAGAUAUAUGCCACUUGAUGUUGACUGGAAGCAGGAAUCUAACUCGGGUGGCCAGGUUCAAAGUGAAGUGCGCUAACCACUACGCCACUGCAUCCCCACAGUGCGCGUGUGUAAAUAUACACCUUACUUAUGUGUAAAUAUACACCCUACUUAUGCUCAACUGCCUUCUUGCUUUCCAUACUUGUGAAUUUGUAUGUAAAGGAAUCUCAACAUGCCAAAACAAAGGUACAGCGAUUCCUCUGUUAAAUGUUUAUUUAUUGUUGUCUGUGUUGAUGUGGAUCGUGCAGAGUGAAUGUAUUGUGCAACAUGGUGAAACGUCGUACUCGGAUUGUAAAUGUUGUGGGUUUGCUCUCCAACACACCGGUGUGCUGUACUCGUAACGAAUUGGCAUGUUCUGUUUACGUGACAAACCUUAUUAAUUGGCUGUGUCGGAUGGUGGUGGGUUUAACGACACGUUUAUAUUUACGCGAUCUAACCCAAAAAAAACCUGUAUUAUGGAUGCCCAUACUAUAUUAAAGUCUUAUAUAUGCACACAGUAGACAGUUGUGUAGUUAUUUGUGUCAAAACAAGAACUCUUAUGUUAUUUCCAAUACAAUGUAAUAUUCUUAAUUUUACUAUUGUUCCAGGAGUGUUUUUGUUGCUGUGUAAUGUUUAUACAUUGUAGCUAUUUGGGCUUGCGACGGCUUGGGAAGGCCUCAUCCAGCAGUGGAUUGAAUAUGGCUGCUGAUGAUAGUGUGUGCUUAGAAAUACUUGUGAUGGUAUUGAAAUUCAUGUGCUUGUGGUUUGUGAAAGCACAUGUGCAUUGAGAGUUGUGUUUAUUAUUACGUAAUUGUUUUUUAUGUGUAUAUUCAGCAAUAAAGAAAAGUUAAUUGAUUUUUCCAAUUGCUUAAUGAUGUUUUCUGAAUUAUUCAGUCGCCUGCUCUGCAUUGCAAACAUUGACAAUAAAUCACACUACGGUACAUUCUCUAAUUUUACAGCUAUGGGCCCCAAUUGACAACUUGAGGAAUAGGAAUACUUUGCCCAAUUAAGUGAAAAUGGAGGCUCCCCUGG